GCGGCGCUCUGCACGUAGGAAGCGCUUAACGGAUACCAACGUGAUCAUUUAAGAAGGCUCGGGCCGAGUGGAAGGGGGCGGCGGGUCGCCUGGAGAGACGGAGCCGCAGAGACGACCGGAGACACGGAGCGAGACGGAGAGAGCAGGCGCCCGCCAGGUGGGAGCCUGACCUCCGACCUAUGUGCCGCCCGAUCCCUGCCCUCGGCGGCGGCGAGGAGCCCACGAUCGCAUGACCCUGGACAUGGACGCCGUCCUGUCGGAUUUCGUCCGCUCCACGGGGGCAGAGCCGGGGCUGGCCCGGGACCUCCUGGAAGGAAAGAACUGGGACGUGAGCGCCGCCCUCAGCGACUUCAAGCAGCUGCACCAGGUCCACGCCAGGAACCCCACCCCGGCCUUCCCCCUGGGGCGCGGCCGCGGCCAGCCCCCCUCCGACGACCGGGAGCCGGGCCCCCCGCCCCCCGGCCGGCCCUGCCUGCAGCGGCAGGAUGACGUCGUCCAAGAGAAGCGCCUGUCCCGCGGCAUCUCGCACGCCAGCUCCACCAUCGUCUCCCUGGCCCGCUCCCACGUGUCCGGCGGCAGCGACGGCGGGGGCGGCGAGCAACCCCCGGACAUGCCCGUUUGUGCCUUCCAGCUGCCCGACCUGACCGUGUACACGGACGACUUCCGCGGCUUCAUCGAGCGGGACCUCAUCGAGCAGUCCAUGCUGGUGGCCCUGGAGCAGGCCGGCCGCCUGAACUGGUGGGCCCAGGCCGACGCCGGUUGCCAGAGACUCCUCCCGCUGGCCACCACCGGGGACGGGAACUGCCUGCUCCACGCGGCCUCCCUGGGGAUGUGGGGAUUCCAUGACCGGGAUCUGAUGCUCCGCAAAUCCCUCUACGCCCUGAUGGACAAGGGCGUGGAGAAGGAGGCCCUGCAGCGGCGCUGGAGAUGGCAGCAGACGCAGCAGAAUAAGGAGGUGAGAGCGAGGGGGCAGAAGAAGGGCCCCCUCCCCGAACCCCAACCCGGCCCACCGGUCCCCCCCGGACACCCGAGCUCCGGGCCGAGCCGGAGGGAAAUACCGGGGGCGCGGCCGGGGCGGGGGUCCCUCGUCCGGCCCCCUGCCCUCGGUAGACCAUCCCGGACCGACGGCGGGCCAGUUCGCGGUCGGCGACGGGUCGUCGGGGAGGUCCACCGGAUCGGCCCCGACGGCGGUCCCGUUUCGGAGACGGGGAAACUGAGGGCUCGGGAAGCAGCGGCCGGGGUCACCCGGAAGGCCGGCGGCGUUGCCGGCACGCGAAGCCGGGGGCCCCGGGCUCUCCCCACGGGGGCCGCCCUGCCCGCGACGGUGGAGGCCUCGGAGGAGCCGGUGUACGAGAGCCUGGAGGAGUUCCACGUGUUCGUCCUCGCCCACGUGCUGAAGCGGCCCAUCGUCGUCGUGGCCGAUACCAUGCUGCGGGACUCCGGGCGGGGAAGCGUUUGCCCCGAUCCCCUUCGGGGCAUCUACCUGCCCCUGGAGGUCCCGGCCGGCAAAGUGCCCACCGCUCUCCCGCUGGUGCUGGCCUACGACCAGGCCCACUUUCCGCCCUGGUGUCCCAUGGAGCAGAAGGAGAGCUCCAAGGAGCAAGCGGUGAUCCCGCUAACGGACUCGGAGCACAAGCUGCUGCCCGUGCAUUUCGGCGUGGACCCCGGGCGUGGCUGGGAGUGGGGCAGAGAUGACAGCGACAACGUCAGGCUGGCCAGUGUGACACUGUCCCUGGAGGCCAAACUGCAACUUCUGCACAGCUACAUGACCGUCAAGUGGAUUUCAUUGCCCAGUGACAUGCAGGCCCCCCUGGCCCAGCCGGAGUCCCCGACGGCCUCGGCGGGCGACGAGGCCCGCUCGGCGCCCGAGUCCGGGGAGUCGGACAAGGAGUCGGUGGGCGGCGGCUCGGCGGGCAACGGGAGCGGCCGCGGGGACGGGGAGCGCGACGGGGACAAGGCCAAGCGGGACAAGGAGAAGAAGCGGGCCGACUCGGUGGCCAACAAGCUGGGCAGCUUCGGGAAGACGCUGGGCAGCCGCCUGAAGAAGAACAUGGGGGGGCUGAUGUCGGCCAGAGCGCCCAAGGGGGCGGCCCCGGCCAACGGGGACCCCCUGGAGAAGAAGAAGAAGGGGGGGUCGCGGAAGGGCGCCAAGGAGGAGGCGGCGGCCGGGGGCCGGGACCCCGCCGAGAAGGGGCAGGCGGAGCGGGGCGGCGGGGGCUACGGGGCCGAGGCGCGGCAGAGCGCCAGCACCCUCCGCGGGGCCCUGGCGGGCGAGCGCCGCUUCCUGCUGGCCGGCAGCCUCCAGACCGGUCAGCGCCACCAGUACCAGGAGCAGAUGAUCCGGCGCUACCUGGCCGACGCCCAGGACCGCUUCCUGGCCCACCGGAGGCCGCAGGAGCCCCCCAAGGCCCCCGCCCCGCUCCCCGGGGGCCGGGACUCCCCCGGCUCCCCCGGGCCCAGCCCGGCGCCCCCCUGCCAGGACCCCCGGAGGCAGGCGGCCGGCGGGCCUCCCCUCUACGCCACCUUUCCCCGCCAGUGCCCCCCGGCCCGCCCCCACCCCCACCCGCACAGCCCCCCGCGCCCGGCCCGGCCCCCCGGCCCGGACGCGGACCCGCCCCCCGGCUACCCCGCCGCGGACCCCGGGGGCGGCCCGGCCCCCGGCCCGCACGGCGCCGCCGGCUCGUGCGAGCCCCCCGAGCCGGGCGGCCCGGCGGGGGGCCGCCCGCAGACCAAGUGCCGCCAACCGCACUGCAGCUUCUACGGGCACCCGGAGACGGGCCACCUGUGCUCCUGCUGCUACAAGGAAGAGCUGAGGCGCGCCGACCUGCUCCUCCACCGCUUCUGACCGGGCACCCGCCCCCCCGGGGCGGAACCGCGGUGACCUCCGGGGCGCGCCCCCGCCCGGCACCCGUCCUCCACCGGGGGUGAGCGGCGGGGCCGGGGCGGCGGGCCCCCCCGGUCCCCGCUCCCGUGGGGAGGGGGAGGGUCUCGGCCGCCCAAAUAAAUAGACCGAAGCGCUCGGAGGAGUGGGGGCUCCCGCGCGGGGCGGACCGGUGGGGCAGGAGCGGCGUCAAGUGGGGGGGGCGGGGGGGGUUCUCGCUCCGCAACUGGGCACGGGAGGGGGAGCGCGGGGGUCCUGCGUGGUUCAGGGGGGAGGCCGGCCCGGGGGGCGGCCCGGCGAUUCUAAAAUGAGACGCGGAGGGCCGGCCCGUCUUCCGAGGGACGGAGGGGCCGGGCUCCUCCCGGACACGGGGCCGGAUUCCCCGAGCCGGCCCGCGUGGGCGGACGGCCGCCUGGGCCGGGGGGAGCGGGGACGGACACCGGCCGGGCCCGCCGACCCAAACCCGGCCCCCGGGCCCGGCGGGAGGGCACGCGUGGUCUGACUGCCGGUCGUGCGCCCGCGACCCCCCAGAAACCACCCCCCCGGCCCGGCCCUCGCCCGGCCGCGUCACCUCUCUGCCCUGCCUGAGGGAGACCGCCUUCCCCUACCUCUCCUUGCCCGCUACCUCCUCCGGCUGCCCGCCUGGAGCACCCCACCCCACCCCCCCAGAAAAAAAAAAUGAUGGGCGGUUAUUUAAAAAAGAAAAAGAAUUUACACAAAGAAUAUUUUUGAUAUCGGGGGCGCACCAGAGUGGGUGGGUGGGGGGUGGCAUUUUAAAAAG